AUGUCUCCUGCCUUGUGCUCCGAGUCCCCUGUAACAGGCUCCAGGCUCCAGGCCCCCAGUGACCUAUCCAUGUUUCAUCUUUUGCUGCUUUUAGGGUUUUGCGCUACUGGUUUCUGUCUCUCUCGUCAAUAUCACUUCAUUAACGAGAAUAAAACUUGGGCCGAAGCGCAGAGAUACUGCAGAGAGAAUUAUGUUGACUUAGCCAGGAUUGAUAAUGCUGAAGAAGAGCUGGCUCUUAUUAAAACAGUAGACAUCAGAAACUACAACCCAGUCUGGCUUGGACUAUAUGAUGAUCUGAACAGCUGGAAAUGGUCCCUGGAUCAUGAUGAUGCUUUCUACCAGGAGGGAAAGACAAGCUUUAGAAACUGGUUUAUACAUAAACCAGGGAACUGGUAUGAAACCAGACUGUGUACUAUCUUUGUGGGGUUUAGUGGUGUAUGGCAGGAGAAUCAAUGCUCUGAGGUGCUUCCAUUCAUUUGCUUUGAUGGGCGGGUAAAUACCAGUGAAAGAUAUGUCGUGCUUAAUCAGUACAUGAACUGGACCGAAGCUCAGAGAUACUGCAGAGAACAUUACACGGAUCUGACUAUUGUGAGGAACAAGACUGAAAACCAGAAGAUCAGAUCAUUAUUACAUAAUUAUUUCGGUUAUUAUACUGCUGUAUGGAUCGGCCUGUACAGAAACAGGGCUUGGUCAGAUAGAAGCAGCUCUGCUUUCAGCAACUGGAAACCUGGACAACCAGAUAAUUAUGAUCAGAAUGAAUACUGUGCUGCUGUGUCAUUGAAUAAUGCCGAUUCUGGGAAAUGGACAGAUGAAAACUGCAUUCAAUCUAUUCCAUUCCUCUGCUAUAGAACAAUGUCUGCAACAUCUCCCCGUGUAUACCACUUUGUAAAUGAAAGUAAGACCUGGAUUGAAGCACAGAGGCACUGCAGAGAGAAUUACACUGACCUGGCUACCAUUGAGAACAUGGAGGAAAUGAAAAAGCUCCUUAAUGCAGUAAAUACGAGCUACUCAGGUUUGGCCUGGAUUGGAUUAUAUGAUGAUCCGGACAGCUGGAGAUGGUCUUUGGAUGAUGAUAGUUUGUAUAAGGAAGGAGAGAAAAUGUACACUGGGUGGUACCAUGAACCUGAUAACUACAACGGAAAAGAGCUGUGUGUGUUUAUUCGCUCUGACGGCAAAUGGUCUGAUGGAGAUUGUAACAAUUAUAUAAAUUUCGUUUGCUAUGAUGGAAGAAAUGUAACAGAUGGUUACAUCUGGGUUGCCCAGUUCAUGCCCUGGGCAGAAGCUCGGCAUUACUGCAGACAGCAUUACACAGACCUGGCCAGUGUGAGGAAUCAAGAAGAUAAUAAAAAAAUCCUCAACCUCACAGGUGGCUCUCCUGCUUGGAUUGGCUUAUACAGGACCAGACUCUGGUCAGACCAGCACGAGUCUACCUAUGAAAACUGGAGACCAGCCAGUCCAUAUAUUCCAGAACAACCAGACAAUGGUUUAUAUGUUUUUUGGGAACAUGGCAAUCAGCAUUGCACAGCUCUAUCACUUAGAGAUUAUGGGCAGUGGACAGAUGAGGACUGCUUAGCUUCAUUCCCUUUUGUCUGCUAUAACAAAUUCUGCCCAGGAUCAUUAUGCACCCGUCAGUAUCACUUUGUUUCUGAGAACAAGACCUGGACUGAAGCCCAGAGAUACUGCAGAGGGAAUUAUACUGACCUGGCCACCAUUACUAACAUGGAGGACAUGGAAAAACUGCUUGAUGCAGUAUAUGGCACCUAUUCUGGUUUAGCAUGGAUUGGACUGUAUGAUGACCUGAACAGCUGGAAAUGGUCUCUAGAUGAUGAUCAUUUUUACAAGGAGGAAGAGAGAAACUUUAGAAACUGGUUUAUAUACAAACAGAGGAAUUGGUUUGGAAAUAGUUUGUGUGUAUACUUUUCAGGUUUUGAUGCAAUAUGGUGGGGAGCUUCUUGUUAUACCCCAAUGCCAUUCAUUUGCUUUGAUGACAGGCAAAAUGCCAGCGAGAGAUACAUCCUUAUUUAUCAGUACCUGAACUGGACCGAAGCUCAGAGAUACUGCCGAGAGCAUUACACAGACCUGACCAGUGUGAGAAACAAGACUGAGAACCAGAAUAUUAAAACAUUACUAUAUAAUAAUAAUUAUAGCGGCAGCGUAUGGAUUGGCCUGUAUGAUACAAGGUCUUGGUCAGAUAAGAGCAACUCUUCUUUCAGCCACUGGUAUCCAGGGCAACCUGAUAAUUAUGGAGGAAAUGAAUACUGUACUGCAGUUUUCACAUUAUCUGGGAAAUGGACAGAUGAAAACUGUGAUCAGGCUUUUCCAUUCUUUUGCUACAGUUCAAUGCCAUCGUUCUCUCACCACUAUCACUUCGUCAAUGAGAAUAAGACCUGGACUGAAGCACAAAGAUACUGUCGAGAGAUUUACAGAGACCUGGCUACCAUUGAUAACAUGGAAGAAAUAUACAGUCUCCUUAACACAGUAAAUGGCAGCUACACAGGUUUAGCCUGGAUUGGAUUGUAUGAUGUUCUGGAUGACUGGAGAUGGUCUCUUGAUGAUGAUGCUUUCUAUAAGGAGGACGAGCGAGAGUUCAGAGGAUGGUACCGUGAACCGAAUAACUAUAAUGGAAAAGAACUUUGUGUUUCAAUGUACUACACAGGGGAAUGGUUUGAUCAGCAGUGUACACAGAGACUGGGAUUUGUGUGCUAUAAUGGUACCAACAACACAUAUGUAUGGAUUUCUGAAAGAAUGACUUGGGAAGAAGCACAGAGUUUUUGCAGAGCAAAUCACACAGACCUGGCCAGUGUGAGGAAUGAGAGUGAGCUUCAGGAGAUACUGAGCAUCACACAGGGCUAUGAUGUGUGGAUCGGUCUCUACAGGAACCGGUUAUGGUCAGAUCAGAGCAACUCGACUUUUACGUACUGGAGAAAAGAGAAUCAACCACAUGUUAUAGCAGAACCUGAUAACGGCUUGUACUCGUUUGAUCAGUUUGGAAAUCAACACUGCACCGUAAUGGGUUCUACUGGCAAAUGGAUCGAUGAAAACUGCUUAGCCAGCUUCCCGUUCCUUUGCUACAGUAGUGAGUUCAAGUCUUUUCUCUGUGCUAAUAAGAAUUAA